CGCAUUGCUUUGCAGCGCCGAGAUCAAAACGCCGCGCGAGGAGCGCACAUCUGGCUGCCCCACGGAAGCAUUCGUGAGCGGACAGGCACCGUCGCACGUGGUGCUGCGCCUCGACUGGCGUCGCGCCCAGUUCUGACAUACAUCUCAGUAUGGUACCAUCAUGACCUAAACGAUGCUGCGUGAGAGGGACCUCAUUGCGCGCGUGCGCCGCACGAAGAAACCAGAAACGCUGCCCGCCGUCGUCGAAGCGGCAACGAAGGCCCCGUUCCCUGGGCGGUUGAGGAGACCGUCGGCCCAGAAAGCAAGAGGACCGCUGCCGCACACUGGAUUAAAGAACCUGGGCAACACAUGUUUUAUGAAUGCAACAUUACAAUGUUUGUUUGGUUGUUCGGAAUUCUGUGCCGGAUUUGUCGAGAGACAGUAUCCGCUCGCGGCGAAAUCUCCCUCUUCCGGAAAGAUAGCCAUGGCCUUUGCCGAAUUGCUUGGAGAUAUCGCCCAAGAUAAACCUAUCGUGUCUCCAUCAAAUCUCAGGAAGAGUCUGACGAAGAUCGCGCCCCAGUUCCGAGGCAACGGCCAGCACGACUCCCAGGAAUUACUUCGGUGUCUCUUGGACGGCCUCGCGGAGGAUUUGAAGCGGCCGCCGCCGCCGUCACCUGUCACGUUACCACGGCAGGAGAAUACGGAGAUAGUGGAGGAGGCGCAUUGUGAGGCGUGGCGGACCUAUGUACGUGAUAAUGCCUCGCCCGUUUCGGAUCACUUCGCCGGGUUGCUAAGGAGCACGGUCGAGUGCUGUAAAUGCAGUCAUCGAUCGAUACGGUACGACCCCUACCUCGACCUGUCGCUGCCGCUGCCGCCGCCUCCAUCAUCAACCGUGCGGAGCCCGCUCUCGGCGAAGCUGCAGAAGGGAUCUACGAGUUGUACGCUCGAGAAGUGUAUGGAACAGUUCACAGCUACUGAAGAUUUAACGGAAAAAAUAACCUGUGAAAAGUGCAAGAAGCCGCAGAAGUCGAAGAAGUCUCUGACUUUGCAGACGUGGCCCCGCAUCCUGGUGUUGCACGUGAAGCGCUUCUCGUACACGGAGACGCGGAGAGAAAAACUCGACACCCUGGUCACGUUCCCGACGGAGGGCCUCGAUCUCAGUCCGUUCGCGUCCGAGGACCGGCGGAGCGUCCCGGCCGUCUACGACCUCUUCGCGACGACGGACCAUUUAGGAGCGUCCGGCGCGGCGGGCCACUACGUCGCGCACCGCAAAGACCAAAGCGGCUGGCGUACGUUUGAUGAUACGACGCACGCGCCGACGGCGGCCGAGCGGCUCCAGGGCGGCGCCGCCUACGUGCUCUGGUACCGGCGGCGCGACGGCGGCGCGCCACCAGCGAAACCUAAGUUAGUUUAG